CUCUGAUUUGGCGCCAGCUUUAUUGAAUUGUCAUGGAAACGAAAGUUACAUUUUAACAUUGAUUUGCCACCAAACUACAGCUUCUGAAUCAAAUUAAAUGUCCUCCGCCUGAGUUACAUGUAAUCAUAGUGGGCUUAGCCUGGAAUUGGCCAUCCUGGGAUAUGGAAAAUGCAGAGGAAAAGCCUAUUUCCCGCACGGCCUACGAAGUGCAAAGGGAUUUCGGCUUAAGCAGCGGGCUACGUUCGGAAAUUAUUUGGGAUUCAUUAGCCCCCGACCAGGGAGAUGUGCUCAAGCAGAAGAUAGAAAACAUCAUUUGCGGGGAAGACGCCGGAAAUAUCAGAUUAGUGCAACGAAAGCGGGACCAACUUUUCCGGAAUAUCUGGCAGCAGCGGCGCUACACCAAUGGCACACUGCUGUCCGCCAUCAUCUACGUGCUGGUCACGCAGGAAGCGGACCCGGAACUGGCCUUGCAGUCCACCAACUACAGCUGUCAUCCGGUUUUCCGCACGCGGCGCUGCAUGAAGGGCGAGAAUAGCGCCGCCUGCUGCAUGAUCUUCGUGGACGAGAACGCCCGGGUGUACUCCAAUUGGCAGCAGUACGUCUUCCGGAACACCUUGCCCAAGGGCCUGAUGAUUGCCCCCAGCCAGGGAGUCUACACCUUCCACACCGACGGCGAUGAAACGAGUGUCCACUUAAUGGUUCAUCCGACGCCUGCAGCGCGUGGCAGGUACAGAUUGCUCAAUGCCGGUGACAAAGUGGCUACUGUGGGCGGCCUGGUGGCCAGUGUUCCGGUGGCUGCCGCUCUGGCCGUGCCCCUGGCCGCUCCCUUGGUCAUUGGCGCCACCGCUGUGGGCGUGGCCACCGGCGUCUACAGCACCCUGCGCUCGGCCUCCCAUCUCAUCGAUCGCCGCAGGCAUGGCCAGUCCACCUCCAUUACGGAUGGUGAGGCGCGCAGCUCCUGGUUGGGCGUGGCGGGCGGAGUGGUUGGUCUGGGCGCUACCGGAGCCACUAAAGCCCUGGCCACGGCAGCAGGUGCUGGCUACAAAGUUAAUCCCGCUGCCCAGUUGGCCGUCAAGGGCAUAAAUGGAGCUUCAGUGGUCAUCGCGGGAACGGGUGUGGUCAAUGGUGUUUACGAUUUGUAUUUGAAAAUUGGCGAUGAUCAGGCCUUAAACAGCUUGGACAUGCUGCAGAUGGCCUCGCACCUGGUCAUCUUUACGCAUUCCAUCAACAACAUGCGCAUAGCUUCCAAAGCCACCAAUGGAUCGUCCUUGAGACGAGCACUUCGAAAUCAAACUAGAAAAGUCUUCGAUCGCAUCUCCCAGGAGUCCGUUAAGCUGCACACUGAAUCUGGACAAUUCGAUAUUGUGCGCACGCUCAACGAAAUUCCCUUUAAGGAGGUACUCCUCAGCCUGCACAACAUCAACUCACAUCUGAGUCAGGGACUCGCAGUGGCCACCACCUUGCUGCCCCAAAUUGUGAGUAUGGGUAGAGGCGGUCAGAUGCUCGUCAAUCUGGAGAUGCUUGCCGAGAAGUUCGGCGGCAAGUUUGUGCAGCACAUCGGAAAUGUGGCCAGUUUUACCGACGUGUUGGAGGCCAUGGCCAGAUACUUCAGCGAGCAGGCAGUGCAGUUGCUUAUGGAAAUGACUCGCACUUUUGUGGAUCAGAACGUGGACUCCAUUGAUCGCACGCUGAACACGUUCGUGUCCACAGAGACGGUUCUCUAUCGCAUUCUGAUGCACUGCGUCACAACCUUCGACCGUUUUGGAGAGGACUUCCUGCAGAGCUGCCGCAAGGAUAUCUUGUUGGUGGUAUCCAAGUACUUUCAGUCUCUGGAGCCGAUUAGCGACAACUGCCGCAAGUACAAAUGCUCUGUUUGCAAGGGCGCUUACUAUAUUAGUUCCAUUUAAGAUCAUCCUCUAAUGGGACCUUACGUUUAUUUACCAAUCAAGAGUGUUGCGUUUCCGCUAAUUAGGUUUGAUUAGUGAUUUCUCGAAAGGAAUAGAAGUUUGAUUUUGUAGUUCCUGGUCCCUCGAAAUUCUAUGUGUUUUAGUUUGAAAAUAAUAUUUUGUUAACUAUCUUGUGAUUCCCAGUUUGCUAUAGAGUAAGCUUUGUCAGCCAGUCAAAACCAUUGUUUUUAAAAUA